AUGGGGAAGAAAAUCAAGGCGGGGACCCGCGGCGAAGCGGCUCAGUAUAUGACCAGGGGCCAGGCGCUCAAGAAACUGCAGUUACCUCUUUCGAGCUUUCGGCGGUUAUGUAUCUUGAAAGGCAUUUAUCCCCGUGACCCGAGAAAGAAGAAGAAGGGAAAUGACAAGAUCUAUUACCAUACCAAAGAUGUGUUGCACAUUGCACAUGAGCCGCUGCUGGAGACAUUUAGACAGCUGAAGGCGACCAACAAAAAGGUCCGGCGUGCACUAGGAAGAAAGGAAAUGCAACUUGCCAAGAGAUAUGCGCGGUCGAAACCGGCCGUUCGGCUUCACCACAUUGUUCGAGAGCGGUUUCCUACUCUCAGCGACGCUGUGGCGGAUCUCGACGAUGCCCUGAGCACUAUCUGCAUCUUUGCGAUGCUUCCCGCUGACAGCCGCAGGGGGGUAAAGGCGGAGUACUGCAUCAAAGCAGGGCAGCUGCUGGAUGAAUUCUUGCUGGUCGCCACUCAGCAACGCGCUCUUCGUCGUGUAUUUGCGUCCAUCAAGGGCUACUACUUUCAAGUUCAGUUCCUUGGCCACGCAGUCACGUUUUUGAUGCCCCACCAGUUCAAGCAGGAAAUGCCCGAGGAAGUCGACUUCCGCGUUUUAUCUACGUUUUUCGAAUUGUACUCCGCAACUCUGCACCUGGUCAUCUUCAAGCUCUUCCUUCUGGCUGGCCUCGCCUAUCCUCCGACGGCCACGAAGCGCGAGGCGGUGAGGAGGAAGCACCGCAUCGGGAAGGACGAAGCGGCUGCAAUCAAAGCUCUGGCGGCGGGCCGGCUGCCUCCGCAGCAGAGAGGGCUGCAUGGAGAUGGGCCCUGGGGGAUGGCAGGGUGGCGCUACCCUAUUCUUCAGGCGAGAAGGACGCGGGACGUGCAGGGCACCGCGGGAGAGUCCGCGCCUGUGGAGGGCCAAACAAAAAAGACUGCUACCGACCAAGUCCACAAGCAUGCAGGCAAAGCGACCAGGGGAGAAAGUGCUAACCCCCGCGAAGACGGUGAAGAGGCAGAGCGCAGCGGUGCCACCGACGAACAAGAGGGAGAGGAAGAGGAAGAAUCAGACGAAGGAGCAGGACCGUCUAGCGAAGCAGAUGCCGAAAGCGAAGGUGACGAGGAUCCAGAAGAGGAGGACGAUGACGAUGUCGGAGAGACGGCGCAGCCCAGUGAGGAAGGCGACCGAGCAGAGGACUCGGAUGAGACGGAAGACGCUGACGCCGACGAAAAGCCUAGUGCUGCAAAGCAUACCGCAGAGGGACUCCAGCAGAGCGAAGGGGCGGCAUCCGUGUGUGGGGUACAGCCACAUGCUGUCCAGCAGUUGUUCAAGGGCUGCGUCAUUUUCCUGAGCAGAGAGGUGCCCCUCUUGCCGUUCGCUUUCAUGGUCCGCAGCUGUGGCGGGGAGCUUGGCUGGCAAGGCCCUGGCUCACCCUUUCUGGAGGACGACUCAAGCAUUACGCACCACGUCGUUGAUCGGCCCCUUGAGUGCAUGCGGCGAAUGGAAAACAGCCAGCGAGACUACGUACAGCCCCAGUGGGUAAUGGACAGUAUCAACACCGGCAUCCAGUUGCCCAUUCAUCUUUAUGCACCUGGAAAGCCUCUGCCACCUCAUCUUUCGCCAUUCGUGGAUGACAGAAAAGAGGGUUACGUGCCGAAACAGCGAGAUGUUCUCGAUCGCCUCGUCGCGGAGCGCAAGGGUGUUGCCGCGGCAGGUCUCCAGUCGGAAUUCACCAGCGGCCUAGACGCAGCUGACAGUGGCGAUGCAUCGGACGAUGACGAAGCAAUCAAGCAGGAGCGCACCUUCCAGUCGGAAGUCGAGGGAGAGGCACAAGCGAACUCGCCUGACGAAGAUGGUUCCGUUGCGGCGAGUAACACAAGCGGAAGCGCUAAGCGGCCGAGGUCGAGCGACGUAACGGCCCGGGACGAGGAUAGCUCUGCGCCUUCUGCACUGAAAUUGAGCGGGAAAGCCCGGCAAGAACUAGAGGAAAGGGAAGCCAAGAAGGCACUUCUUUCGAAGAAGCACAAGCGAUUAUUAGAGCGAAUAGAGUUCGGAGAACGGCGGAAACAGGAAGCGACAGCCAAGCUGCAGGCAAAGCGAGCUGCGCUAGAACGCCGAGGAAGCUGA